GAAAAGAAGCCAGUCUGCCGGGACCCGGUUCGCUGGGCGGUCGCCGCCGGCACCCAGCGCCACGAUGGAGGAAGCUUCUCCUUACUCUUUGCUUGAUAUCUGUUUGAAUUUCCUGACUGCCAACCUAGAGAAGUUCUGCACUGAGAGGCAGGAUGGGACGCUGUGCUUGCAGGAGCCAGGAAUGUUCCCUCAAGAAGUGGCUGACCGGUUGCUGCAGACGAUGGCAUUCCACGGGCUGCUGAACGAUGGCACCGUGGGCAUCUUCCGGGGCACCCAGAUGCGCCUGAAGAGAGCUUGCAUCCGCAAGGCCAAGAUCUCUGCUGUGGCCUUCCGGAAAGCCUUCUGCCACCACAAGCUGGUGGAACUCGAUGCUACGGGGGUGAACGCAGACAUCACCAUCACAGACAUUAUCAGUGGACUUGGCAGCAAUAAGUGGAUCCAACAAAACCUGCAAUGCCUGGUGCUGAACUCACUGACUCUGUCUCUGGAAGACCCCUACGAGAGGUGCUUCAGUCAGCUGGCUGGGCUGCGUGCACUGAGCAUCACCAACGUUCUGUUCUACAACGAGGACUUGGCAGACGUUGCCUCCCUUCCUAGGUUAGAAAGCCUGGAUAUAUCCAACACCUCUGUCACUGACAUAACAGCACUCCUCACCUGCAAAGACCGCCUCAAGUCCUUGACCAUGCACCACCUGAAAUGCUUGAAGAUGACCACAACCCAGAUCCUGGACGUGAUCCGAGAACUGAAAUACCUGAACCACCUGGACAUUUCCGACGACAAACAGUUCACCUCGGACAUAGCUCUGCGUUUGCUGGAGCAGAAGGAUAUCUUGCCCAACCUGGUGUCUCUGGACAUUUCUGGAAGGAAGCACGUUACGGACAAAGCCGUGGAAGCCUUCAUCCAGCAGCGCUCCUCCAUGCAGUUUGUAGGGCUGCUGGCUACUGACGCCGGCUACUCCGAGUUCCUGACGGGAGAAGGAAACCUAAAGGUGUCAGGAGAAGCCAACGAAACUCAGAUCUCUGAGGCACUGAAGCGCUACAGCGAGCGAGCCUUCUUUGUCAGAGAGGCACUCUUCCAUUUGUUCAGCCUCACACAUGUCAUGGAAAAAACAAAGCCUGAAAUUUUAAAGCUUGUGGUGAUUGGAAUGAGAAACCACCCCCUGAACUUGCCUGUGCAGUUAGCAGCCAGUGCAUGUGUCUUUAACCUGACCAAGCAGGACCUGGCAGCAGGCAUGCCUGUGCGCCUCUUGGCUGAUGUCACCCACCUGCUCCUGAAGGCCAUGGAACACUUUCCAAAUCAUCAACAGCUGCAGAAGAAUUGCCUCCUUUCACUGUGCAGUGACAGGAUCCUUCAGGAUGUUCCCUUUAACAGGUUUGAAGCAGCCAAGCUUGUUAUGCAGUGGCUGUGCAAUCAUGAAGAUCAAAACAUGCAGAGGAUGGCUGUAGCCAUCAUUUCCAUUCUUGCUGCAAAGCUUUCAACAGAGCAAACAGCUCAACUUGGAGCAGAACUCUUCAUUGUUAGGCAACUUCUGCAAAUAGUUAAACAGAAAACAAAUCAGAAUCUUGUAGAUACUACCCUCAAGUUCACUCUGAGUGCACUUUGGAACCUCACUGAUGAAUCUCCAACAACUUGUCGGCAUUUCAUCGAAAACCAAGGGCUAGAACUUUUCAUGAGAGUCUUAGAGUCUUUUCCAUCUGAAUCAUCCAUCCAACAGAAAGUUCUUGGACUUCUGAAUAACAUAGCUGAAGUUAAAGAGCUCCAUUCUGAACUGAUGUGGAAGGACUUUAUAGACCACAUUAGUAAAUUACUGCACAGUGUGGAGGUGGAAGUUAGCUACUUUGCAGCAGGGAUCAUUGCUCACUUGAUAUCUCGAGGAGAGCAGGCCUGGACGUUGAGUCGCAGCCAGAGGACAUCCCUCCUGGAACAGCUGCAUUCUGCCAUCUUGAAUUGGCCAACUCCAGAAUGUGAGAUGGUGGCUUACAGGUCUUUCAAUCCCUUUUUUCCUCUACUUAGCUGUUUCAUGACACCUGGUGUCCAGUUAUGGGCUGUGUGGGCCAUGCAGCACGUCUGCAGCAAAAAUCCUGCCAGGUACUGCAGCAUGCUGAUUGAAGAGGGUGGCUUGCAGCAUUUGUACAACAUCAAGGAGAACGUGCAGACGGAUCCCCACGUGCAGAGGAUCGCCGUGGCCAUCCUGGACAGCUUGGAGAAACACAUCACGCGCCAUGGGAGGCCACCCCCCUGCAGGAAACAGCCACCCAGCAAACCCAACUGAGGCUGCAGGUAGAGGAGUGUGAAUGAAGUCUUGUCUCUGUAGUAACCCCUUCUGGUGUGUGUGUAGUUGGAGUAACUCAUAACAUAGUGGUCACCAUUAAAGUGAUUUGCCGCUCAGCCUGGGACCCGGAACCGUCGGCGAACCUCAACUUUAAUGGCAACCGCAGCUGCAGUGUGGGAAGGGUCACUGCUUGAGCUGGUCACACCUGAAGGGUUGCUGCUGGCUACAGAGAGAUGGGACUUGUACAAGAUCCAUGUGCACAGCUGAAAAAGGACUCCUAAGGAACCCCCUUGGGUUGUGACUGCUGGAAGAGAACGUUCUUCCACCCCUACGAUUGCUGUUCCAUAGCACUGGUGCAGUUUGGUGUUUGAUUAGAGUUGUGUGGUUGUGAGAUUCAACACUUCUGCAGAUUAAAACAAGAGUGCAUGCAUGCAGGUACAGUGAGACUUGUAACUACGGUGACCAGAACGUCCCUUGUCUCAUAACCCUUCUAAACACAAAUGGGCUGUUGAACUUCCUUUGGCCUGCAAGCUGUGUUCCUUUGUUUUCCUUCCUGCUAGAACAAUCCUUUUUGCAGUUCAGCUCUCCCGAGUCCUCCCUGCUCUCAGUAAGGUGAGGACCGACAUUGCAUCAGGGAAAGGGGGAAACCUGCUAAAAUAAAGCAAUAGACACAGGAUUAAGAGGAGACACACUGCUAAAAGGAUCAACUAAGCUUGAGGUUUUAGACGUGGUAACAGGAGGGUUUUGUUGCUGCUUGGCUGCCUUUGGUUGUGUGUGGUAAGUCUCUUUUGUUCUUAGGAUACUGGUAGGGAAAGGAGAAGGCUCAUCAGAGCAAAACACUGACUUGCCUUCAUCGUGAAGGGUAUUGCAUGUCUUGGGAGGAGGCCCAGGAUAUUUGGUCACCUUAUUUAUAAGAGACUAAAGAUUGCUCCGUUUUCUGUAAAUACUCAGUCAGUAUUGUGCAGUGAAUUCUAUUUCCCAGCCAUCACAGUGCAAACUGCUGCCCAACGUUCCCUGUAACCUCUGUGUCAAUUGCCUUGUUCUGUGGAGUGUGAACUUUUACAUAAAGAUCUGUUCUACCAACUCCUCUCUUAGUUACCUGCGGCUUUCCCUUGCACUGCAUACAGGUGCCUGACAAAAGUACAAGUGAGGGAAGCAAACUGCAUGUCCAAUUCAAAAUCAGUUUCAUUUAAGGGCUUAGGUUUGUUUAUCUUGGUUAGUCUCUCCACAUUUCCAUGGCAACUGACUGCUACUCAGAGACUCUCCUGUAAAUAGAUUGGUAAUUGGGUUUCAGAAGAAAACUACUUUGGUAGCUUACCAGCGGUGAUGGCUUCUUCAUGAUGAGCAUAUUUUACUAUUUUUACCUCCUUCCCUCUCCCAGCUCCCAUCCUUCAAAUAAAAGCA